GUGUGUGUGUGUGUGUGUGUGUGUGUGUGAUUCCCAGGCUUCGUGGGAAAGCUCCAGCGGCAGAGGAGGAGGAGGAGAAGCAGGAGAAGGAGGAGAAGGACUCACCGGUCAACAGUCCAGUCUGCAGCCGACACCCAGGCCACCUGUCCCGGACUUCUGGCCGGACACGCACCGCUGAGAGAAACCGGAACCCUGUGAAACUAACGUGACUUUUAUUUGGAGAAAACGUUUUUUGUCUCAGGAACCUGACCCCGUGGAUUAACCGCACACGCUCUUAGGGCACAUUAACACCAGAUCAUCAGGACCCACCGGGUUUCGAUCAUUCAUUCACUCCGGUCUGAUCUCCGGUCAGCAAAUUCGCAGGAAUAAAAGAAGUCUUUGAAACCUUCGCGUCUCCUCCCGGGACAGACGGCCACAUUUCCGCGCCAACAACGCGCUAUGAAGCGGCCGUGCGAGGACAGCAGCUCCGCGGAGAGCGAGGUAGAGGAGACCAUCGACGUGGGCAGCGAGAACAUUUAUCCGGGACACAUGAAAGAAUCUUUGGUAAGAUGUGGCUCUCCAACCACGACGACGCAAGUGAUGGCGAGGAAGAAACGCAGAGGGAUUAUCGAGAAGAGACGCAGAGACAGAAUCAAUAACAGCCUGUCGGAGUUACGGAGACUUGUCCCAACAGCGUUUGAGAAACAGAGUUCAGCUAAACUGGAGAAGGCAGAAAUCCUCCAGAUGACUGUGGAUCACCUGAAGAUGCUGCAGGCCACAGGAGGAAAAGGUUAUUUCGACGCCCACGCUCUCGCCCUGGACUUCCUGUCUCUGGGCUUCAGGGAGUGCGUGACUGAGGUUUCCCGCUACCUGAGCGCUGUGGAGGGGCUCGACUCCGGCGACCCACUGCGCUCCCGUCUUCUCUCCCACCUUGCCUCCUGUGCCUCCCAGCGUGACGCCGCCGCCCUUACAACUGCCUCCCAUUCGUCACACCACCCCCAGCAGCCCCACCCCCUGCCUCACCCGUUCCACCACCCGCACCAUUGGGCGGCUGCUUUGGCCGCCUUUCGUCCUUUGCCCUACAGACUUAGCGGGCUGGUUUCUCCAGACGUUGGAGGGGGCGGAGGCUCCCAGCGCGGUGUUGUCUCCUCCUCCUUUUCUUCCCAUGCAGACUCCACCUCCUCCUCGCCUUCUUCCUCCUCUUCCUCAUCCCUCUUGCUCCCCUGCACCCCCACCCCUCUCUCCGCCUCCCUGCUUUCCCUCUCAGCGUCGUUUCCCAUCGCCCUCCACGGAGGCAUUCCCAUCCUCCCUCACUCCUCCUUCACCUCCUCUGCUGCCAGUCCCCCCGUCUCCUCUUCCUCGCAGACUCCACACAGCAGCAGCGGUAAACCCUACAGGCCGUGGGGAACCGAGGUCGGAGCUUUCUGACUGUGUGCUGCUCACUAACCUCUGCUGACAGUUUAACAGCCUGGAAAUGUUUGAGCUCCACGGCUGGUGUUAGCAUCUCGUUAUUAACUUCUUGGGGAUGUUUGUGACUGACUUCCACCUGCUGCUUUCACACACUGGCUCGAUUCAGAACAGGAACGUGUGGUUUGUCUCCUCUGAGCAUAGUUUUCAUGUUUCAGCUGCUUCAAACUCACAAAAACUUUGUUGUUUAACC